AUGGCUACUUACAUCGCAGGAGGAGAAGAUGUCUUUUGUAACUGCAGCUCCGUCGGAAGCACAAGUUUGGGUGAGUGCAACACCACGGGUCACUGUCCCUGCCACCCAGGUUAUACGGGGCCCUCGUGUGACAGAUGCGAAGAUGGCUACUAUCUCGGUCAACCUGACAAGCGUUGCCUUCCUUGCGAGUGUCACCUGGAGGACUCCAUCUCUUCGUCCUGCGACAACCUUGGGAGAUGCCAGUGCAAAGCUGGAGCCACGGGGAUCAAAUGCCUCCAGUGCCAGGAAGGGUUUUCCAAGUUCAACGGGACCGCCUGCCAGCCAUGCCAGUGCAACAAUCAUUCUUUGCAGUGUGACCCUUUGACAGGUGCUUGCCUUAAUUGUCAUGGAAACACCGAAGGCACUCAGUGUGAGAAUUGCAAAGGGCAAUUUUAUCGCAACCACUCCCAGCUCCACGAAUGUCUCCGUUGCCCUUGCUCCACGGAGUUUUCCAGCGGCAGCUGUCAAAUAAAGCCUGGUCAGCAGACCCCAACCUGUGACAGGUGCCGUCCUGGUUACGUUGGCCCUCUCUGCAACGAAUGUGACAACGGCUACUACAGCUCGGACAGUGUCUGCCUCAAAUGCCAAUGCAAUGGCAACGUGGACCCAGCCCUUUCACCGAGAGUCUGCAGGGCAGAUACGGGGGAAUGCCUCGGUUGCCUCCACCACACAACUGGGCCUCAUUGUGAGAAGUGUCAAGAAGGAUACGUCAAACUGUUGGAAGGAGGGAACUGUACCAAGGAAGAAUCUACUCCAGCCCCCAGGCUCAUCCCUACAGCUCCAAACGUCAGUGCAUCAACCAUCUCACCUACGGUGGUCUUGAACAGCACGUCGGGGCAGACCCCGGUAGAGACGGCUUUCCCGAGUCCAUCUUCUGAAAACAGCACCUUGACGUUGGGGGAGGUCUCUUGGGCCCAGUUCAACAUCAUUAUCCUCACCGUGAUCAUCAUCCUGGUGGUGCUGCUGAUGGGCUUUGUAGGCGCCGUCUACAUGUACCGCGAAUAUCAGAACCGGAAGCUGAACGCUCCUUUUUGGACCAUCGAACUGAAGGAGGACAACAUUAGCUUCAGCAGUUACCACGACAGCAUCCCCAACGCAGACAUUUCCGGCUUGUUAGAAGAUGACGGCAACGAGGUGACGCCCAACGGGCAGUUGACGUUGACCACGCCCAUGCACAACUACAAAGCGUGACAAAUCCAAAGCUUGCAAGCUUUCUAACUCGAACAGAUCAGCGCUUUGGGAGAAGACUGGAUGGUUCCCGCGAUUCAUGCAGAAGGAACGAGAUGUUUUCUGGUUCCUGGGUUGACCUAGCUUCGUGUCGAUUGUUCAACAAAAAAAAGAGCGUCGGGCAACGACCGAGGCGAGUCAAAUGAGAAGUAAGGAUUUCUGAGGCCACCGUGGGUAUUUGCUUGUAUUUUUUUAAAAGAAGCAGCUGCUUGAAUAAUAUAUUUUUGUACGGAAACGUUGGAGAUGUCCCUCAGAAGUCCUCUCAUUGCUACUCAGAAAACCCAGAACCGAAUUUUUUAAGCGCUUAUUGGAAACGUGAUCGACGACAAGAGGACAAGCGGUUUGGGAAAAGAAGAAUUGAAAAAAAAACCGUUUCCCGGUCCGAGUUUUUGCUAUUUAAAACGAUUGACGGAUUCAGAACGGAAGAACAUUGACCAAAGUUUUGCCUAACUCUUUCGUUCUCUUCUGUUUUUGUUUUUGAGGAAAGGGACCGAGGCGUCCUCUUUCCCUCCUUUUGUGAAUAGUUCCUUUCCAAGCUAGUAACCUUAUUUAAAAAGUUCAACGUGGCUCUUUGUUUUCUCAUCUUGCUUCGACCUGGAUUCCUUCCCCGGUAGAAAACGUGAAAGAAGAACAUCAAGAAUUUUUUUCCAGAGCAGAAAACGGUGUGUAUAAAGAAUGUAAACAAUAGAUUUCUUCGGCUGUAUUUGUAACUAUUGUACAAAAAAAGAAAAAGAAUCAGGCGUCGAAUUUUAACUGUUUUAAGAUUUUUAUCUGUACAGGGGUUUGUGGCGUUGUUAAAAAAAGCGAGGCCAAAUGAAACCAAACCCAAGCUAAGAAUUGGGGUGGGAGAAAGUAAGUAUUGUAUUAAAGUGCUGUAAAUUUAGAGGGCGAAUGUCUGGAGCUGGGACUCCAGUCAAACAGGUUUGUGGCAAAUUUCUCCUCUUCUAAUAAUACAAGUUGUUUGCAGCUUCAAGUUUCAAUUUCCCCUGCUUGUUAUUUCAAGGAUUGGUACCCUAACGAGACUUUUGUGAUAAGGGGUGGGGCGCAAGGAUUUAGGAUAGUGGAAUAGAGUUGAGUAAUAGAAUUGUUCCCCUGAAUACAAAGUCAGCCUAGGAUAUGGAAGGAGAAUUCAGAUUUUUUCCGUGCUGAUUUUACAAUCUGGAUUGAAUUUGGAACUCAAAUUGCCAACUGUCUGUCUUAUUUGGCCGUAGGAAGGUCGUCAUUGCAUGAAAACCCACUGAUCAAAAUCAACACGUUAACGUCGGAAUAAAAUGAAUUAUUAUAAGAGUGGAACAUCUGGCUUUUCCAAUUGUCAUCUGCUACUUUUUGGGUGGGAGCUUACAAGCUGGCUUGGGUUUCCAGAAGUUUCUUGCUUUAAAAAAAAUAAAAAAUAAAUCAAGGUUCAAGAGUUCCUUAUUCC